CUUCAUGCUCCGCCCAUUUCUCAGGCGGUCGCGUGACACAUGAGGACCGCGGUCGGAGCAGGUGCAGAAGCAGAGUCUAUACCGGGAGGGUGGAAGGAGGACGCUGCCAGGAGGUGUGAACGCACAGUGUGUCACAGAGUUGUGUUGUCCCCCUGUACGCUACACACUAAGAAUCAUGGCCGAAGGACGAACGGCUACGUCGAUUCUAUCCUACGAAACUCUGGUUCACGCCGUGGCAGGCGCGCUGGGUAGUAUGACUGCCAUGACUGUAUUUUAUCCUCUGGACACUGCGAGGAUUCGAUUGCAAGUGGAUGCAAACAGGACACCCAAGUCGACACCUUCAAUACUGGCUGAAAUCGCUAAAGAAGAAGGCCUAACUGCACUCUACCGUGGUUGGUUCCCAGUCAUCUCCAGUCUCUGCUGUUCCAACUUUGUCUAUUUCUACACAUUCAACAGUCUUAAGGCAGCCUUGGCGAAUGGGAAGGCUGCUUCUCAGCCGGGAAAGGACUUGCUUAUGGGCAUCCUCUCAGGGACAGUUAAUGUGCUUCUCACCACUCCCAUGUGGGUCAUGAACACCCGGCUGAAGUUACAGGGAGCCAAGUUCAGAAGUACAGAGCUUCACCAGACGCAUUACGCGGGCAUAUUUGAUGCCUUUAGGCAGAUUGUCAAAAGCGAAGGGGUGAAGGCCCUCUGGAACGGGGUGCUGCCAUCUCUCAUCUUGGUUUUCAAUCCUGCAGUGCAGUUCAUGUUCUACGAAGGGAUGAAGCGUCGGGCUGGCAGAGGAAGAAGGAAGAUUUCAUCCGUGGAGAUCUUUCUGAUUGGAGCUGUUGCCAAAGCGAUUGCUGUGACGGCCACCUACCCGCUUCAGACGGUGCAGGCCAUGCUGAGGUUUGGCCAGUACAAAACUGAAGGCAAAACUGGGCUUGUGGCAAGUAUUCAGAGUGUGCUUCAGCUUCUUAAGGAACGACUCAGGAUACAAGGCAUGCAGGGGCUGUAUAAAGGCCUGGAGGCCAAGCUGCUGCAGACGGUGCUGACUGCUGCCCUAAUGCUCGUGGUUUAUGAGAAGAUCACCGCCGCAACUUUCAAGGUGAUGGGCCUGUCCAGAAAGGUCAAGCAUUGAGUAGUUAAGGAUAAAAACCAGCUCAUUGCCACACAUGUACCCCACGUCUCAGGAUGUCAGCUCAUGUCUGAACAGCAACCUGUUUACACUCGGCCAAUUCAGAGUCUCCAGUCAGUCAAACCAGCACAACUUUGGGAUGUCAGAAGAAAUCCUAGAAGAACGUGUGACCCGUGCACAGACAAAAAACACCAUUGCCACUAUUGGAAAUCUCCAAAAAUAAAAGAGACUCCUGUUUCAGCUUGAUCUGGUCAGAGGCAUGUAGGUAUGUUUUCAUUACUGCUUAGAGAGCCCCCUGUAAGGCCAGGCCAGGAUACGAUGAGACGGCGAGUUCGCCCGUCAUCAUUCAGUGGUGCCUUAUACUGUGACAGCAAAGAUUGGUGGGACAGGAAAAAAAAAAAAA